AUGGUUUCAAAUCUAGAACACAACCAACCUAUCAGUGAUACAAUCAUCGCAGCUGGUCAAUCCUACAUAUAUCAUUGUAAAGUUGGGAGGAUGUGUCAAUGGGUGAAUGUAAACCACCUUCUAUCUUUUGGACCCUUGGGACAAGUCUUUUUGCACAAGUCCAAAGGACUCAGCAUUCAAACUGUCACUCAGUUCGUGUUCGUACAGAACACACCGAGUUCGUCAACUUACUCGUUUGAUCUUAUCGUCAAUGCACCAAUGGGAAGCUACCAUCUAUUAUCGGUCUUCCUAAUGAUGAAAACUAUUCCCACCUACGCUACCCAUUCAUCUGCCUUUCCAUCCAGUCCUUCUCAUGCUCCAGUCAUCCGCGGCGGAGGUCAUCCAUUGCCAUCAUCUACCUCAUCAGUGACUCGAUCUCAGCCUAGGUCUCGCAAGCCCGUCCUGUCAGGUCAAAUCUCAGAGACAAAUUCAAUUGCUAGCUCGAUCAAGCCUUUUGAUGGAACGACAUCAGGCUUGACUCAUCAUGCCCCCAAAAUCGUCGCCCAUCUCGAACCGUCUGUGAUUGUACCGCCUAUAGUUGAACUCUUGGUUGCUGCACUCGAGGGACUUUUGGAAGGAAGUUUUGAACUGGUGGCUCAAUCACUUAUUUCAUUAGGACUUCUUGAUAUUGGACUGAACCAUCAACAUGAUAUUUGUUUACGUUCAGAUAAUGUCUCAGGUUUAGCUUAUAAACUAACAAGAGAUCAGUUGUAUCAUCACGGUACAAUUCUAAUCAACUCAAACCAAUUGCAACUCAAAGAUUUCUUAAACCCAACUCAAAUAAGUCUCCUUCUUUAA